AUGGGCGAUGGUCACUGUCAUGUGAAAAGGAGAGUUCUGUGGGUGCAAGAAAAUUCGAAUGGUUCAGUUGCGGGGUUCGUUGCCGCCGCCGGCAAGGCUCUUCAUAGUGGGAAGGGUGAACAAAUAUGUAAGCCCCGGCAGUUUGUGUGCGGUGUGGCCUGCGUUUGGCUGUGUGCCAACGCCGUUGAAGCAUCGGCGAUCGUGGAUUCGCGCUUCCCGUGUGCACUCCAAAGGGGGGCCUUUGAAUCGCAUCAACGGCAUUUCCUUCAAGACAGGGUUAUUUUGAGACUUUCGAUCUAUGUUCUUUUCAUGUAUCGUUGA